AUGAAGAGUUGGAACGGGCUGGAGGAUGCGACGGCGCCGGUCAAGCCUGGACGGACCCCGACGCGGUGGCGCGCACUGCUUUCUGCGACCUUCGUCACACUCGUGUGCCUCGCGGCAGUGGAUACCAUCUUCCCUGAAUUGAAGAACUGGGAUCUGUCCUCAUUUCUAGACAUUGAGCCUGCGUUGCAUGAUGCCGCCUUUGAGUGGUCCGAGAUCACACCGAGUGAGCAUCUAGAAUUCCACAAAUGCUUUGGCCAAUUUGAAUGCGCAAAACUGAGCCUGCCACUGGACUACUUCAACGGGACCUACCCUGAUCAUACUGUGAGCAUCGCUAUCGUCAAGCUACGCGCCAAAGUAUCCGUAGAUGAUCCCCGGUAUGGUGGCCCGGUCUUGUUCAACCCUGGCGGGCCCGGAGGAUCAGGUACAUCAGUUGCGCUCUUCUUAGCAGGAGGGCUACAACAGAUCAUAGACUCUAACGUUGAGACUUUCACCCCAUCGCCUGACGCAAGAUACUUCGACAUCAUCGGCUUCGACCCUCGUGGAAUUGGUUGGACAGAGCCAGUCGCUCGAUGCAUGCCAGAUCAGCCUUCUUCGUGGUCUUGGAGCUUGAGGGAAGAGACCGAGGGCCUUGUUGGAAGCUCGGAUGCAGCUCUUGGCAGACUCUGGUCUAUGCAACAUGCCUUUGGUGCAUCUUGUAAGCUUGCCGAAGAGAAACAAGAGGGACCGGAUAUCAAGCAGUACAUGUCUACUGCAUUCGUUGCCAGAGAUAUGUUGGAGAUCACCGAGAGGCAUGCCGAAUAUGUGGCGAAAGAGGUCGCUCAGAAAGCUGCACAGAGGGCUGGCAAACGUAUUGGAAGCCACGGCUCCACGUACGCUCCUGGAGAGAGUAAGCUGCAGUACUUGGGCUUUUCUUACGGGACUUUCCUCGGAUCUACAUUCGCGUCCAUGUUCCCGGACCGUGUUGGACGUAUCAUUCUCGAUGGAGUCGUGAGUUCGUACGACUACACCCACUCGAUGGGUAACGGAAGUCUUGUAGACGUCGAAAAGGCCAUGACUUCUUUCUAUACAUUCUGCCACAAUGUGGGUCCCAAUAGAUGUCCUCUAGCUACCGCCAACUCAAGUGUUCUCGACAUAGAGGAGCGCACGCAAAACAUUAUCGCAUCGCUAUACCACAAUCCGCUUCCCAUUGUCUCGGCAGAAGGCCCAGAACUCCUCACUUGGUCCACCAUCAAAUUAAUUCUCUUCAGCGCUACCUACCAGCCGCGUCUCACAUUCGAGUUUGUAGCCGCCAGCCUGUUCGCCAUUGAACAAGGAGUUGGUAGGGAAAUCAACGAGAUCGCCGAAACCUUGCGCUACAACCACGUAUUCUCUUGCCCUGUCGACGGCAUCGAACCACUCGAACAGCCAAGUUCCCCUGUUUCCACGACAGCCAUCCUAUGCAGCGACGGAAUUGAUCAAACCCAUCUGACUAAAGAAGAAUUCGCCGCAUACUGGGAUAUCAUGGACGAAGUUUCGCCAAACUUUGGUUCCUACUGGUCCAUGCUACUGAUGCAAUGUGCAUCUUGGAAGAUCAAAGCCAGCUACAAGUUUGAUGGUCCUUGGGGGGCUAAUACAUCACACCCUAUUCUCUUCAUCAGCAACACGGCGGACCCGGUUACACCUCUUCGCAGCGGACGCUAUAUGCAUAGUUUAUUCCCUGGAAGCAGCCUUAUGAUUGGCGAUCAUGCAGGACAUUGUUCGAUGUCGGCACCCGACCCGUGCAUCUUGAGUCGCGUGAACACGUACUUUCAGACGGGUGAGCUGCCCUCUCCAGGGACGGUGUGUGUGCCGCCGCCUAGCGAGUACAGUCUCAACUCCACGGAUCCAGAUAGUCCUUUCUACGACCCUACUUUGGGGAGUGCGAAAGUGGCUGCUAUGCAGGAGGAUGAUGAGACUUGGGUGCGGCUACACGAUGCUGGUCAGUCGUUACGGAGGCAGGCUGUUGCGAGUGGUAUGUUUGACAUGAACCUUCCGGGUGGUUCAAGGGCAAAGCGCGUUAUGCAAAACAUGUUGAAGCGUCACUAUUAG